ACUGAUCAUGUGACCAUUAAAAACCGCAUGAUCCCUAUUGUCCUCAUAUGAGGUGUCAGAUUUGGGACAGCUGAAACAUAUAAAUACGACAACCGAAAAGUUCUUCCUCACUAGUUUUAGUGGAGUUAAAGAAGAAUCCUCUAAAGUAUAAAGAUGUUUCGUUUUGUGGUACUCGGAUGCCUUUUGGCAACAUCGUUGGCCUUCAACGCUUUCCUCGACAAUGAAUGGGAGUCCUAUAAGACGGCCUAUGGCAAACAGUACGAAAGACGCGUGGAAGGACUCAGACGUGUAAUCUGGGAAAGAAACAUCAAGUACAUUGAGCAGCACAACCUCGAAGCAGACAGAGGACUUCAUACAUACAGACUGGGAAUGAACGAGUAUGGAGACAUGACAAACGAUGAAUUUGUCUCUCUGAUGAACGGAUAUAAACAGAAUGUAAGCAGAAGCGUCUGCAGUAAAUUUACUCCACCACUGAACGUCAAUCUCGGAGAUCUUCCAGACAGUGUUGACUGGAGAAAGCAAGGAUACGUCACAGAAAUUAAAAAUCAGGGACAAUGCGGAUCAUGCUGGUCUUUCUCAACAACUGGUUCCCUUGAGGGGCAAAACUUCAAGAAAACUGGCAAACUUGUUUCUCUCUCCGAGAAGAACCUCAUGGACUGCUCCAAGCCAGAGGGAAAUAUGGGUUGUGAAGGAGGUUUAAUGGACCAGGCUUUCGCUUACGUCAUCAAAAAUAAGGGAAUCGACACAGAGGAGUCCUACCCAUACCAACCAAGAAACGGAAAAUGCCACUUCAAGUCUGAAGACAUUGGAGCCACAGAGACAAGCUGUAUGGACAUUGAUGUUGGAUCUGAAGACGAUUUACAGGCUGCAGUAGCUACAGUUGGUCCUAUCUCAGUUGCUAUUGAUGCCAGUCACUCAUCCUUCCAGCUAUAUAGAUCUGGUGUGUAUAAUGAGAGAAGGUGCUCCUCAAAGAAACUCGACCAUGGUGUUCUCGCAGUUGGUUACGGCACAGAGGAAUCCAAAGAUUACUGGCUUGUUAAAAACAGUUGGGGCAAAAGUUGGGGACAGGAAGGUUACAUCAUGAUGUCAAGGAACAAGGAAAACCAGUGUGGAAUCGCUACGUCAGCGAGCUUUCCUACCAUGUAAUUUGAUUGGAUGACAGAUCUGUGCUAAAUAAAACGUUAUUUGAUUGGUUGUUUUGACAGAUCCAAAGUUCACAGUAUUCCUGAUUGUGAUUGGGUGACGAGAAUAUUACUAAAUGACAUUUUACUUAAAACAUCAAAAAUUUAGGGUAUGUACGCUCAACAUAUUCAGCUUGGGAGCGUCAAAAAUAUAUAUUGUACCCAAAUUCGUUUAAACGUUUAUGCUUGUAAAAUGAUUAAUUACAAAGAUCUCCACUGUUUGAUGUGUUGUGAUUUUUUUUUAAAUUUUGUCUCUAUUAUUUGUUUGAUAACUAUAAUGUUUCUAAGAAAUGAAAAAUAAAAUAUUUUGAUAAAAAUGA